UCGCUAGCAGUUCGCCGCACGAAAGCUGACUCCGGGCGCCGCCGCCCGCACGACCGCUGCCCGCCACCCGGUUCAUCCAUGAGCUCAGAUUUCCCACAUUAUAACUUCAGGAUGCCUAAUAUUGGAUUCCAGAAUCUGCCUCUCAACAUAUACAUUGUGGUUUUUGGCACUGCCGUAUUUGUCUUCAUCCUCAGCUUGCUCUUCUGCUGCUACUUGAUUAGGCUGAGACAUCAAGCACACAAAGAAUUUUAUGCCUACAAACAGGUUAUAUUAAAAGAAAAAGUAAAAGAACUUAAUUUACAUGAGCUCUGUGCUGUGUGUCUAGAAGACUUCAAGCCUCGAGAUGAACUGGGGAUUUGCCCAUGUAAGCAUGCCUUCCACAGAAAGUGCCUUGUUAAGUGGCUGGAAGUCCGAAAAGUGUGUCCCCUGUGCAACAUGCCGGUGCUGCAGCUGGCCCAGUUGCACAGUAAACAGGACCGCGGUCCCCCUCAGGAGCCCCUCCCUGGGGCAGAGAAUAUUGUAUAGCUUGCUGCAAGGAUCAGACUGUUGCUGCACACAUCAGUAUGGAGCCAGGAGGAACACAAGCAGACUCCACUUUGGCUGCUCUCUGCCUGGGGCACCCACUCUCACUUCCUUUGCCUCAUGAAGAACUCUUGA